AGAGAUACAUGGGAAACGUCCGUUUGCCAUCAGAUAUGCGAGAGUAACACCUGGCAUGUCUUCGAGAAACCUCCAUCCAAAGCCUUGGAUAUCGGGUGCGGCACCGGCGCGUGGAUACUUAAUUGCGCCCGAUCCUGGAAAGAUUGCCAUUUUGUUGGAUUGGAUUGCGUCCCACUCCAUCCCGAUCUUCAGAGAGUCGGUUCCAGCGAUCUUGCACAGCGCAUAACAUGGACUCAGGCCAACUUUCUGGAAUCUCUGCCCUUCCCUAAUGAUGAGUUCGAUUAUGUUCACAUCAAGCGAAUCGCCUUGGGUGUUCCAGAGGACAAGUGGGACAAACUUUUCGAAGAAAUUGUCCGCGUAAUGAAGCCGGGCGGCGCUUUUGAAAUGAUAGAGGAAGACCUCUUCUUCCCCGGUCACAGCCCAGACGACGACCCUGACGACAAUUGCAAUCCUGAUUUAGAACCGCAGCUAUCUGGAGACGGACACCACCGACUAUAUUCGCGCAGGUUGUCUAGAAGCUCACUGCCUGCUCGAAGUCCAAGCACAGACCGUUAUAUGAGUGAUGCGGCAGAUCUACUACGGUCAGGUGGCACAAAGCCAGGAGAUCCAGCCUCUCCUUCGGCCGCUUGUCCUAGUCUAUUAGCGACGACCAGCACAUGUGGUACAGAUCCCAAUUCACCCAUGACGCCGCCAAGCGCGUCUUUCCCCCUUCCUUCUGUGCCUACGUCCGGCACGGCCAUUGACGAAGAGAAACGUGAUACACUCUCCAAUACAAUCAAUCACGCUAAUUCUCAUGGAAGUCGCAAGUCCAUCUCAGUAUCGAAUAAACCUUCUUCAAUACGCUUUAAGCAGCGCCAGAAUCGAUCCUUGGAGAAUCUGUUGGACUCGAGUACAUUCAAAUAUACACCGCAGAGCAUGCAAACGGAGUCGUCUGCAUCUUUAAGUUCAACAGAAACUAGGAACGUCUCAUCAUUCUUGACGAUGCCAGAGCCUAGAGCUCCCGCGAACCCUAGAGAUCACUACCUACUACAAACCAUAUACAACGGAAUGCAGGCAUCAAGAUUCAUCAAUCUCUCCCCACUCUCGUUAUUGCCAAACCUGCUUGGAAUGUAUUUUAGAGAUGUGCGUACACACCCUCCGAUUAUGUUCGCUUUCCCCCCAUUGGCACCGAAACAGCUUCAGCAUGAGGAACGCGAUUCCCAUUCGGAACAUGAGCAUGACUCUGACCCAGAUGAAGAAGCUCGUAAUGCAAUUAAUCCCUUCCCCGCACGACCGCCGCCCCUGUCGACGGACCAAAGGCGAGAGCGAUGGAUCUCUGUUCAAAGCUUACUCCAUAAGACUUCGAAAUAUGUUUCUCUUGACGACUCUAAAGCAGCUGGACUUACACCCCGUUCGGCAAAGUCAAAACCGACCAAUAAAGUUCCGUCAUCAGAUACAUCCUCUGUACCUCCGAAAAAAAACCCGCCAAAUCGUUUGCCGAACACCAAGCUGCACAUUGACUUGCGCACGCUGAAUCUCCACCUCGCCGUACGAACGGCUGAGAUUCUGGGAUGUUCCGAAGCAAUGUGGGAGUGGGUGUUGGAGUAUCAACACGAAGCACGUCGGAAAAGACGAGAUUCAGAUGCUGCUUCAAAGAAAAGGUCUAGGUCUGUCGAUGCUAUACGGCAUUUGAGAGAAGCGACAGUCGAACAGGAUCCGAAUGAUCCCAAAGCCAUGAUCGAAGACAUGACACGAGAGGAAUUUGAAGCAUUGUUGGUUCGUUUUGAUAUGGAUAUGCAAGACCACAUGGAUCUUGGUGCUCAAAUUGAGCGGCGGUUCCACUGGACAUGCAUACCUGGGGCUCUUACCCCAGAGCGCAAAAAUUUCGACUCUGCGUGGGAGAGGAGACGACAGUGGGAGGAGGAACAGAGGCUUUCGAAUGUUCGAAUGACUGGAGAAUCGGAGCGGGACUCACAGCUAUUUGUGUCUCGGGGACAGAAAGAUACCAAUAGGAUACAACGUUCGGUAUCACAAGGAUCUGAAUCGAUGGCAUCCUCGUGUAGCCAGUCCACGGUGAACGUGAGAAGGAUUAGUCGGUCUAUGGGUGUGUUUGUGGCUUGGAAAUCUGCGGACGGGUGUAAUAUAGUGCGUUGA